AUGGCUUCUAAAUCUUUCGCUCGAACAGCUCUUCGAGCUACUAAGCAGAAAAUUCCAGCUCCAGCUGUACCAAAACGCAGCUUCGUCUCCGCACCUGCUUCGAGACCUGUCGUUGCGCAGACAAAGAGAGCUGCUGUCGCUCCUGUCCAGCAACAGACUCGAGGUGUGAAGACCAUCGACUUUGCCGGAACCAAGGAGGACGUCUACGAGCGAUCGGACUGGCCUCGUGAGAAGCUUCAUGAAUACUUCAAGAACGACACUCUAGCUUUGAUCGGUUAUGGCUCUCAAGGGCACGGCCAAGGUCUGAAUCUGAGAGACAAUGGUAUGAACGUAAUCAUUGGUGUCAGAAAGAACGGUGCCUCGUGGAAGGAAGCACAGCAAGAUGGAUGGAUUCCAGGCACAAAUCUGUUCGAGGUCGACGAGGCCAUCAGCAAAGGUACCAUCGUCAUGAACUUGCUGAGUGAUGCCGCUCAAAGCGAGACCUGGCCUGCUAUCAAGCCACAGUUGACUAAGGGCAAAACUCUUUACUUCUCUCACGGCUUCUCCCCCGUCUUCAAAGAUCUCACCAAGGUCGACGUGCCGACCGAUAUCGAUGUCAUCCUUGUUGCUCCAAAAGGUUCAGGCCGUACUGUACGAUCUCUUUUCAAGGAAGGUCGAGGCAUCAAUUCCUCCUUUGCUGUUUACCAGGACGUUACUGGCAAGGCAGAAGAGAAGGCUAUCGCCAUGGGUGUCGCUGUUGGCUCCGGCUACCUCUACAAGACCACUUUCGAGAAGGAGGUCUACUCUGAUCUGUACGGUGAGCGAGGUUGCCUGAUGGGUGGUAUCCAUGGCAUGUUCCUUGCACAAUACGAAGUGCUAAGAGAGCGAGGACACACUCCAAGCGAAGCCUUCAACGAGACUGUGGAAGAGGCUACUCAGAGUUUGUAUCCUUUGAUCGCAGCGAAUGGCAUGGACUACAUGUAUGCCGCUUGCUCCACAACCGCGAGAAGAGGUGCCAUUGAUUGGAGUGCAAAAUUCAAGGAUACACUGAAACCAUUGUUCAACGACCUUUACGAUAGUGUAAAGGACGGCAGUGAGACGAAACGAUCGCUGGAAUACAACAGCGCACCAGAUUACAGAGAGAGAUAUGAGAAGGAGAUGCAGGAAAUCAGGGAAUUGGAAAUCUGGCGAGCCGGAAAGGCUGUCAGAGGUCUUCGACCUGAGAACAACUAA